CUGGCUGCCGCCAGGGGGUUGCAAGGUGGUAGGAAGUAAAAUUUUGGUCUGCGUCUGUGAAGUCCGUCUUUUGUUGUUUACCCAAAUUGAGUUUUCAUCCCUCCAGAUUUAAAUAUAAAUGACAGACGUGCUUACCCUACUGAGCGAGGUGGGCACACUGUUCUUCUGAACAAUCUGUACCAACCUGACUACAUCAAUGUGGCGGCCAGUGUUGGGAUCUCGUGAAAACUGAUAGCAAGUGAACUGCAGGGCAAGGUGCAGCAGUGGCACAGGCAGAGAUGAUGUCUGGGUCUCGGGCACAAAAUAGCCACGGCUUGAAGCACAUAGACCUGGACCAGAUAUGGGGGGACCUGCGAGAGGGCAUCGAGCAGGUGUACGCUUACCAGGACCAGAACAUGGCCAGGAUGCCGCUCUGCGUUUACAUGCGGCUCUACACUCACGUGUACGACUACUGCACGAGCGUGCACCAGCCUGGCCUGCAGGCCUCUGCGGCCAAGACAAAGAAGGGCCAGCCGGUCGGGGGGGCGCAGUUUGUGGGCUACGAGCUCUACAAGCGGCUCAAGGAGUUCCUCAGGAGUUAUCUCGUCAACCUUCUCAAGGACGGAAACGACCUCAUGGACGAGGCGGUGCUCCGGUUCUACACGAAGAAGUGGGAGGAGUACCGGUUCUCCAGCAAAGUACUCAACGGAAUCUGCUCCUACCUGAACCGUCACUGGGUGAAACGGGAGUGCGAUGAGGGUCGAAAGGGCAUCUAUGAAAUAUAUCAGCUGGCGCUAGUGUCUUGGAGGGACAACUUAUUCAAACCUCUUCACAAGCAGGUCACAAAUGCAGUUUUGAAAUUGAUAGAGAAAGAAAGAAAUGGAGAAACUAUCAAUACAAGGCUGGUCAGUGGUGUGAUGAACUGUUACGUGGAACUUGGACUGAACGAGGAUGACCCUUCGGCAAAGGGCCCGAACCUGUCAAUAUACAAGAAGGCAUUUGAAGACACAUUCCUCGAAGACACAGAGAGGUUCUACAACCGAGAGAGCAUGGAGUUUCUCCGGCAAAACCCCGUUACGGAAUACAUGAAAAAGGCGGAGCAACGUUUGGCCGAAGAACAUCACAGGGUUCAGCUGUACCUCCACGAGACGACGCAGGAAGUUCUUGCACGGACAUGUGAAAAGGUCCUCAUUGAGAAGCACUUGGAAAUUUUCUAUACUGAAUUCAAGAACCUCCUCAAUGACGACAAAGAUGAAGACCUCGGACGCAUGUUCCAGCUCGUGUCCCGUCUGUCCGACGGCCUGGGAGAGUUGCGGACGCUAUUGGAGGAACACAUUGGGGCCCAGGGCCUGAGUGCGGUGGAGAGGCUGGGAGACGGGGUGGCUUCGGACCCAAAGCUCUACGUCACUACCUUGCUGGACGUCCACCGCAAAUACAAUGCACUCGUGCUCACGGCAUUUGCCAAUGAUGUGGGCUUCGUGGCAGCCCUAGACAAGGCCUGCGGCAAGUUCAUCAAUAACAAUGCCAUCACAAAGAUGGCAAACUCCUCAAGCAAGUCUCCGGAACUCUUGGCAAAGCACUGCGACCUCCUGCUUAAGAAAAGUUCUAAAAAUCCUGAGGAGUCAGAGUUAGAAGAUGUAUUAAAUCAAGUGAUGAUAGUGUUCAAGUAUAUCGAGGACAAGGAUGUGUUCCAGAAGUUUUACAGCAAGAUGCUAGCAAAACGCCUAGUGCAACACAUGUCUGCCAGUGAUGAUGCUGAGGCUAGCAUGAUAUCAAAACUGAAGCAAGCCUGUGGUUUUGAAUACACUUCCAAGCUGCAGAGGAUGUUUCAGGACAUUGGAGUUAGCAAGGACCUGAAUGAACAGUUCAGGAAACACAUGGAAAACUCGAGAGAGGAGCUUGGCUUGGACUUCAGCAUACAAGUCCUCAGCUCGGGUUCCUGGCCUUUCCAGCAGUCGUUCACUUUUGCGUUGCCGCAAGCCCUGGAAAGGAGCGUACAGCGGUUUACGGUGUUCUACAGUAGCCAACACAGUGGACGCAAGCUGCACUGGCUCUACAAUAUGUCCAAGGGAGAGCUCAUUGCGAAUUGCUUCAGCAGAAAUCGAUAUACACUGCAGGCAUCUACGUUCCAGAUGGCUGUGUUGCUGCAGUAUAACAUAGAGCUAUCGUUCACUGUGCAACAGCUGCAAGAAGGCACUGCAAUCAAAAUGGAUGUGCUUCUGCAGGUGUUGCAGAUCUUGCUGAAAUCAAAGCUUCUGACGUGUCCCGACGAGGAGUCUGACCUGCGGCCAGAUUCUGAAGUGAGCCUCUAUGAGGGCUACAAGAACAAGAAGCUUCGAGUGAACAUCAACGUGCCCAUGAAGGCUGAGAUGAAGGUGGAACAAGAAGCGACGCACAAACACAUUGAGGAAGACCGUAAACUUCUCAUUCAGGCUGCUAUUGUAAGGAUCAUGAAAAUGCGCAAGACCCUCAAGCACCAGCAGCUGCUCGCCGAAGUCCUAAACCAGCUGUCGUCGAGGUUCAAGCCUAGAGUUCCUGUAAUAAAGAAAUGCAUAGACAUCUUAAUAGAGAAAGAAUAUUUGGAAAGAGCCGAAGGACAGAAGGACACUUACAACUACCUUGCCUAAAGCCUGCUCGGACGUCCUGCGGAGCACCAGCGCCGAAGAGAACCCCUCGGCCCUGCGGCAGUUCGUUCGUCUCGGCGAAAGUGCUGCUUCCUUCCCGCCGAAGCGGGCCCCACACGCAAAAAAAAAAAAAAAAAAUUGUGGCGCUCACUUGUGCUGGGUGUGGAUGGAGAGGGUGGAAUUACGGACGGACAGUUUCGAGAAUUGUUGAAAAAAAAAGCCAUUAUGAACUGCUAACCUCGAGCCACGUACGGCUUGACCCGCAAGCGCGUGGUUAGCCGCCGUGACGGGACAAAAGGUUCAAAGGCCACUGUGCUCCCUUGCUUUUUUUUUUUUUUUUUGCCCUCUUUUAGGUACCCUCCUCCUCUUUCUCGUCCCCUUUUUUUUUUUUUUUUUUUUCAACAUUGUUUUUGGCACCCCCUCUGAAAAAAAAAAUGAAAAAAAAUGCAAUGAAUGCAAACGGGACGGGUGUGCCAUUCUGUGAUAAAGGCGCGAUGCUGCUGUCAUCUCCUUUUGGCUCAUUUUUAAUUUUUGUAUCCGCGAGGACAUCUCGUCGCCCCCCUACUCUCUCCCUCUCUCUGCAUGUGCGGCACAUGUAUUGUUUUUAAGGAAAUUCGUGCAAACAGCUUGCCCGAAGUGACAGUUUAGAAUACAGUGGUUGGUUCUCUUGAUACUGAUUGUGUCUUUUUUCUGUGUAGUAGUUGGCUUUUCUGGAAAUUGAAUGAGGCAGCUACAGGGUGUGUGGCUUUCCCGGUUGUGCUUUUCUUUUUUUUUCUUUUUUUUUUUGAGGCGACAGUACGGUGGGCUCUUGUUAAAGCUGACGUAACUCGUCCGCGGCGGACGUGGUGAAGAGCGGUUUCGGGCGGUCCGUUACGGGGCAUUUGGUGCGUGCUGCGUCCGAAUGCCCCGUAGGUAGGCCCGUGUCUUUCGAAGGAAGUUUGGUGUGGGGCAAGAAAAGCGGACAUCGAGGAAAGUCUGCUUUUCAAACUACACAUCCAACUUACGUCCUUUUUGACUUUCUAUCGCUUUUGAAUCGCUCGACACUUUUGAAGCUCACUCAGAGAAGGCAGAGUAACACAAUCUGGCCGUAAUUUUGGUAUUUAAUCUGCAAAUUCUUGUCAUCAUGGGAGCUCUGUAUACCACAAGCUCUACGAUCCGCCGUAGUAACCUUCAUCCUGGUCUUUUUCUCUACAUUUAGGGAAAAGAAAAAUCUCUCGCGGAAAGAGGUGUGUACGCUAGGUCCUGGUGAUUCACCACAAGUGGACUCUGUUUUCCAGGUUUCACAUCCUCUGUCUGUAGCAGUUAACUAAAGCAAGUGGCUUUUUGUCUGGAUAGGCUUUACCCAUAACCCUGAGGGUACAGUGCAAAAGCGGCUUUGAAAACACUUUGGGUGAACUUGUCGAGGGCAAGUUUGUUAGCUGAAGGAAAUAAACUCGAGUACAUGCUUUGCUCAUGCAUCUAGGAGAUGCAUAGCACAUUUCAUAAACGUUGGAACACAUGAGCAUUACAUUACAUGAGCAUUAAACUGGAAUUCUGGUUUAGUAUUAAGAGAGAGGAUAGGUGGGUUGACAGUGUGACACCCCAAUGUGUUGCAACCGGACACGAAAAGGAGUUGAGUUCGCCACAAUGUCUCAGUGGUUGAUGGCAGUGUACAUGUUCUAUAGUUUUACAAAGCAUGGCAAGGAUUAGGCUUAACGUGCGAGCGUUGUGUAUGUAAGUUGUGCCUCCAGUUGAGAAGUCCAGGAGGGAUUUUGGUCAUGGUUGCCUGUGAGUGUAUGUGUCACAUAUAAAAUUUAAAAAAAAGGCCAAAAAAUUGUUUAUUUUUAAAGACCAAAUUGGGGAAACAGUCAACAAAUGAAGAGUACCCACCAAGUUUUUAUUUCAGUAACAUAAAAGAAGCUCAAAAGUCUACAGUCAUUCAUUGAUUGUGUAGCAUCUGUUGGAGAGGACAAUUGUGCUGUGAUAAAGGCUGUUUGCGUACUGCCACCAGUUAUCUCAUCAUCUGCGGAGGCAAAUGCCAAUUGUGUCGUGGUCCUAUUAUGCAAUGAUGCUCCAUAUAUUUGACAUGUGCAUCAGUUAUGCACUGAUUUGUACAGAAAUUGUGCCUUCCUACAGCAGUAUUAACCAUACAGCAGUCGAAUGGGAUCCUUACAUGCAGAAUUUACAUUGGGAUUGCAACCUACCGAAACACAGAAAGAAUUGCUUUUCCUAUCCUCUUGGUUUGUUUGAUUAUAGGGUUACUGGAGAGGUUUGCCUGAGCAAACGGCUUGCUACUCUGUUCACUCUUGGUGGUCUGGGCAAGAUCACCUGUAGUUGCAACUUGUCCUGCAUACUUCUCCAUAGCAGCAGAGCACACACAGUAGCAGGACAUACUGGGCAUUGAGGAAGAAAUUACCGUACUGGUAGAUAAAUAUUCCGUGCAACAAUUUUUUUUUCUGUAUUACACAUUUCUAAUCAUUACUUAAAAGUAAUUUUGACAAUUUUCUCCAAAUAUUAUUCAAGCUUUGGAACCUGCUAUCUGUGCUUCGUACCUAGUCAGGUAAUAUUCGCGCUCGUUUCUUAUGCAAACACGCUGUCAAGCGGAUUUGGCGAAACCUUGUCACUCGGUGGGACGUGUUUGGUGCAGUGAAACUUUAUACGAGCUCGGAUAAUGGAACUUCCCGUCCGACACGACUCUCUUGCACCUCUUGUGUUUCAUUUGUAAAGCUUUCCACAUCAUCCUUGAUAAUACAUUUUUCUGCUUUAUUUCCACGGAAAUCACAUUGUUGCGGGACUUACUGUACAGUCACACACGGCACGUUACAGAGACGAUGUUUUUCGUUCUUCCAGUUAGCUACAGGAUUGUGGGUGCAACUGGAUUCAAGCAGAGAUCACUGCGAACGUUGAAAUUAACAACAGCCUACCGUGCUUGACAGCCAACAAACAGUAACAUAGGCCUAGUAUUUGCUGCCAUUGUCCCAUUGAUCUUGCUGCCCCCCCUUUACCUUGCUUGUAAUUAUUCUACAGUUUUUAUUUAAUUUUUGGGAAAUGUUGUGUUGCAUUAAUUAAAGAGAAAACGACGGACUUCCC